GAAGGGUAAGGGUGCCGCUGGUAUGGAGUAUGGAAGCGGCGGGGGCGGAGGCGGUGGAGGCCGUGGGGGUGUCCAACCACCCUCCGCAGGUGCGAGGGGUAUGGCGAGCACAGACACUACUGAUGCUGCGUGGCAUAAACAUGAACAAAUGAUCCUUAUGGAAUCCAGGCAUAAGCAACAAUUAGGUGGGAGAGCGGGUACGGGUGGAGGCGGGGGUGGCGGUGGUGGCGCACCCCUAUACGGUCGUCUGGUAGCGGAGGAACCCUUGCCCCCUACGGUAUGUGGGGGUGCCGGUGCCGGUGGUGGUACCGGCGGGGUUCCGCAAGAAACCCCUGCGGAUAUUCACGCCAUGCAAGCCAGGAUACCCCAUAGGUUUCGUGAUCCAGCUACGGCACCCCUUAGGAAACUCAGCGUCGAUCUUAUCAAAACUUACAAGCACAUCAACGAGGUUUAUUAUGCUAAGAAAAAGAGAAGGGCGCAACAGAUGCAAGGAGAAGACGGUUCCCAUAAAAAAGAAAGAAAAUUGUACAAUGAUGGCUGGGAUGAUGAUAAUCAUGAUUAUAUUAUCAAGAAUGGGGAAAAGUUCCUCGAUCGCUAUGAGAUCGAUUCGUUAAUAGGUAAAGGCAGUUUUGGCCAAGUAGUAAAAGCGUUUGAUCAUGAAGAACAAACGCAAGUGGCAAUAAAAAUUAUCAAGAACAAAAAACCUUUUCUAAAUCAAGCGCAAAUUGAAGUGAGGCUAUUGGAAAUGAUGAACAGGGCGGAUACCGACAACAAAUAUUAUAUAGUUAAGCUAAAGAGGCAUUUUAUGUGGCGAAAUCACUUAUGUUUGGUAUUCGAACUAUUAUCAUAUAACCUAUAUGAUCUACUUAGAAAUACAAAUUUUCGAGGAGUAUCGUUGAACUUAACAAGGAAAUUUGCACAACAACUGUGUACUGCCCUUUUGUUCCUGUCUACACCGGAAUUGAACAUCAUUCACUGUGAUCUGAAACCCGAAAACAUACUUUUGUGCAAUCCCAAGCGAAGUGCGAUAAAAAUAGUGGACUUUGGUAGUUCGUGUCAACUUGGACAGAGGAUAUACCAAUAUAUUCAAUCCAGGUUUUACCGAUCACCCGAAGUCUUAUUAGGAAUACCUUACGACCUUGCGAUAGACAUGUGGAGUCUAGGAUGUAUUUUAGUUGAAAUGCAUACGGGAGAACCUCUGUUCAGUGGGGCCAAUGAGGUCGAUCAAAUGAAUAAAAUUGUAGAAGUACUAGGAAUGCCACCGAAGCAUAUAUUGGACCAAGCGCACAAAGCGCGGAAAUACUUUGACAAAGUCCCCACGGAUGGCUCGUAUGUGCUGAAAAAAUCCAAGGAUGGUAAAAAGUACAAACCUCCUGGCACAAGACGCUUACACGAUAUCUUAGGUGUCGAAAGCGGAGGCCCUGGUGGUAGAAGGAUAGGUGAACCUGGUCAUUCAGUUUCUGAUUACCUCAAAUUUAAAGACUUAAUCCUGCGGAUGCUGGAUUUCGAUCCGAAAACAAGAGUGACGCCGUAUUACGCACUUCAGCACAAUUUCUUUAAGCGAACAGCCGACGAGGGGACCAAUACGAAUAUCGCUGCUGCCAACAGUGCUAACACAAGCCCGGCAGUGGUAUCAAUGAGCCAAGAUCAUGGACUGGUAACCAUGUCAGGACAGGGAAGCAGCAACAGUGGCAAUUCGAUGCAAGUAUCAAGUCUCCUUGGUGGCUAUCAGCCGAUGGAGUGCGAGUCAUCGCCUCGUCAUCUGGGUAAUCGACGCGGGGUGACAGCAAGCUAUCCGUCAACUUCGGCCACUGGGGUGCCUGCAUCCGGGCCGAUGUCCAUGCAAUCUGUAGACAGCUCCCUGAAACAAAGCUCUCUUGGAUCGUAUAAUAGCCUAAUUCUCCCUGGUAUAUCCCAUCUGCCUGCUAUGAUGACCUCGCCGAUGAUUCAGCAGCAGAAUUUCUAUAAUUACGGUUAUCCGACGACUGACGCGCACGGAAUAGUCAGGCAACCGUCAACAGUUUCAACUGGUAAACAGAGAGAUCCGGAAAGGGAAGACAGUCCUAUGGUCGGAGUAUGCGUCCAGCAAAGUCCAGUUGUUAUUCACUGAAUAGCAAGCAGAAAUAAUAAAAGGAAAUGAAAAUGAAAGGAAACUACGACGACGGUCGAUGAUAAUUAAAACACUGUCGCCGCAAUCGCGCGGUACCGUCAGAAAAAAAUAUAUAUAUUAGGUGAUUAUACAUACUGUAUAUAUACAAAGUUCACGACGAUACCGCAAAUGUUUAUGAGAAGAGAAGAAAAAAAUGAAGGAGGGAAACAAGAACGGGCAGUCGAAAUCCUUCCCCGUUGUCUUACUUUACAUUUCGUCGUGGUCAGCUGUGAGGAGUGACACAAGUUUUAAGAACAAAAAAGUUAGUAACUGAUUCCAUUCUUAAGGAAAGGUUCGAUUGAACAACGAGGAAAUGUAAAGGAAGACCACGAGGGAAGUCUCCACUUUUCCGUCAAUUCUUUCCUUUCCCUUCUUAGUUUUUUAUUUGUCUAUCAUAAGAAGCCGACUGGUCUUACAUUGGGCACGGAUACACCGCGUCCGGCACAGAAGCUUAUGAUACUUUGCUUAUGUGCACGGACAGACAAAAAAAAAAAUAAAAAUGGUCUAGUGAGGAUGAACCCAGCUGGCCUCUCGGGUCCUGCCCGAUUCUGCAAACACUCCAAAAAGAAAAAACUGAAAAAGAAACGUUUUUAGUCGCGUGCAACGUCGUUAAACAAAUUUUGGCACCCAAAAACAAACUGUGUGGCCUAGAGAGCGAAAAAGUGAUAAUUAUUAUUAUUAUUAUUAUUAUUAUGAAUUAUUAUUAUUAUUAUUAUUAUUAAAAUGCAUAAAACAGGAGAGGGGAUUUAAAAAAACAUGAAGUAAGAAUUACCAGUGUAAGCAUAUACUCCAAUAGAGUUUUAUACACAAUGUCACGAAUGUAAACGGUUUUUAGCAAGUAAUUGCUAGCAAACAGCCGCGUCAAAUGCUAGUUAUUUGUACAAUAUAUAUAGAUAAUUGAUAAGAGUGCAGCUUUAGGAUUUAGCUUAUAAGUGUGAAAGAAAGAAAGAAAGAAAGAGAGAAAGAAAGAAAGAAAGAAAGAAAGAAAGAGAACACUUGACAUUGUAAACUCGACUCGUUUAUUUACUUUGAUGAAUAGAAAAAAAAGAAAAAUGAAUAAAAUCACGGGGGGGGGGACGUUGCAAACGUCAGUUUGUUACCGACAAAAAAAAUGGACUUUAAACAAACGAGGUUUGCAUGAUUUAACAACAAUACAUAUUUAUACAGAAAAAAAAACACAGUAAUAAGAAAGUUAAAGAAGCAGUAUACACGUAAGAUCGAUCAAGAAUGAUAUAAUCAUACAAAAAAAAACCUAGAUACUUUAUAAUAACGCGCGUAAACUCAUAUACAUAUGUUUCCAAUGGCAGUCGUAAUUGAUUUUUGCCGUUUCAAUUGAAAUAAUUGUAGCGUUAUUUAUAUUAUAUUAUUAUAUCGUUUUCUGGCAUUCUCUGUUUUCUCCAAUCUUGUCUACCGAUUAUUAUUGAAACAUAACUUUUCUAAAAACCAUAUCUUUUCUCAUUUCUUUCAUUUCUUCGGUUGUAAAGUAUAUACGACUCGAUACAGAAAUGUUUAAUGCCAGAAGGCGAACUAAUUAAAUAAAUUGUGUCAAUAAUGGAUAAGAUUAAUAUAAAAACGAGAUACACGACGAACAAUGUAAAAUUUCGAUACUUAUUAAUAACAUAUUACCUGCUGCAACAGAUCAGUGAUUCUUGAUACAAUAUACUUUGCAUGUUUCUGGAUUCUUUGUUGUGACGUAUACAGGUUCAUAUUUUUAAACAAAUUAUUUUACUAUAUUUUAUUGACCGUUUUGUAUUAUUUUAUAUAUAGAAACGAAACGCUACGAAAUAUAGAUUCGAAUCAUACUUGAUAAAUAUAUAUAUAUAUUUAAAUAUAUAUAUAUUUUAUUGUACUCACUCGAAGCAUGCGACAGUAUGAUUUUUAACAAUGAAUUUUUUAAUAAUCUAUUUUUAAAAUGGCAUCGUUUCAUUUUUCCUCAUGUGCUGUUGUAAUUUACAUCGAAAUGGUUCAAUUCCAAAAGAAAAACCAAUGCGAGAAUAUUAAGGAUUUUUUUCUCGAGGAAUUUAUUCCGCUCUGUUAUAAACUCGAGAAAAAAUUUCAAAUUUUCUAUUGACUGCCUUAGUUUUGUUCGCUAUAGGAAUGAAAAUGUGAAGGGAAAAAAAACGAUUCUUUUACAAAUAAUAACGGACUCGUUAGGAUUUUGCAUUUUUAAAACAUCAUCCGCAAUGCGAAAUAUUUGCAGAUAAACUUAAACGAUUCGCCAAUACGAUAUUCGUUCGAACUCAUAUUAGAUUUUCAAAUAAUAAAAAACUUAUACAUAUAUAUAUAUACAUAUUAUAUAUAUAUAUAGUAUUUUUACUUUGCCCUAAUGUGUAUGACGAUCAUUGCUUAUGUUACUUUAAAGAAAGAAAGAAAAGCGUAACAAGUUUCUUUUUGUUUUAAAUGGAAUAAAUGGAGAAAUGAUAAACGUAA